AUGCUUACAGCACCUGCUCCUGAGGGGCCUGGCAAUGAGGAAAAAGAACACCAUGAUUCCACCAGCACGCUGUCCGGACACGAGCAAGAAGAGCUCAGGAAAGUAGCGUCUCGACAAUCAGCAGCAUCAACCGCAGCAGGUAGAAGCUUAAAGCAGGACUUUGCAUCGCUCAUAGACCCCACAAGUCCUCACUUCGACUUAUCCCAAUGGAUGCUUCAUCAAGUCCAACAAUUCGAAGGGGACAGCAGCGCACGGAAAACGGGAGUUGUAUUCAAAGAUGUUACUGUGCAGGGAAGCGGAGCCGAGAUUCAAACUCAACACACAGUUCUAUCCUCAGUCUAUGCUCCUAUCCUGGGGGGUACGUUCAGUCGUGGCCCAAAAACCGCCAAGACGAUUUUACACGAUGUUCAUGGAAACGUCGAGCAGGGCGAGAUGCUUCUCGUGCUCGGCCGGCCAGGAGCUGGAUGCUCUACCAUGCUGAAAACCAUUACAGCGGAGACGAACGGACUCGAUCUGUCGUCAAAUUCAGUCAUUUCUUACAAUGGAAUACCACAACCCUUGAUGAAGAAGAAUUUCAAGGGCGAGCUUCUCUAUAACCAGGAAGUUGAGAAACAUUUUCCCCAUCUAACGGUCGGCGAAACACUCAACUUCGCAGCAGCAGCACGUACUCCUCGACUUCUCCCGAAUGAAAUGUCGAGAAAGGAAUACAUCAGGCAUAUAAGGGACGUUGUCAUGGCAGUCUUCGGUCUGUCACAUACCGUCAACACGAAAGUUGGUUCUGAUUUUGUGCGGGGCGUCAGUGGAGGUGAGAGAAAGCGAGUAUCUAUCGCAGAAAUGGCCUUGGCUGGCUCGCCACUCUGUUGUUGGGAUAAUGCUACACGCGGCCUUGAUUCUGCGUCAUCUUUGGACUUCGUCAAGGCGCUGAAGACGAGCUCCAGGAUUUUUGGUACUACUCAUGUUGCCACGCUUUACCAACCCUCGCAAGCCGUAUACAAUUGCUUUGACAAGGUUAUGGUCCUCUACCAAGGGCAUGAGAUAUACUUUGGCCCUACCACGGAAGCGAAGCAGUAUUUUGAAGAUAUGGGCUGGUAUUGUCCUGCUAGACAAACAACCGCAGACUUUCUUACGAGUAUAACUAACCCAAGUGAGCGGCAAGCACGGGAAGGUUAUGAAGGGAAGGUCCCGCGGACUCCCGAGGAGUUCGAAGUGCACUGGAGGAGCAGCGCGAGCUACAAGCGGCUGGGUCAUGACAUCUCAAGCCACGAGGCGAGAUUUGGUGCUGACUGUGGCGCGACCGAAGCAUUCAAGCAAAGUCAUGCCAAACGUCAGGCUCGGUACGCACGGUCAAGCUCCCCGUAUUUGAUCGAUAUCCCGACACAGAUUGGGAUAUGUGCUUCCCGGUUUUACCAACGCGUCUGGAAUGACAUUCCUUCCACAUUAACUUUGAUGAUUGGACAGAUCGUUUUUUCCAUCAUCAUUGGGUCGCUGUUCUAUGGAGACGCGUUCGGAACUGAGGAUUUCACUCUGAAGAUGUCAGCAUUGUUCUUUGCCAUUCUGCUUAACUCACUUUUGACCGUCACCGAGAUUCAAAAUCUCUAUGCUCAGCGGCCGAUCGUUGAAAAGCAGGCUUCGUAUGCUUUUUAUCACCCUUUCACAGAGGCUUUAGCGGGUGUUUGUGCCGAUAUCCCUAUAAAAGUCGGAUGCAGUCUUGUUUUCAACAUCGUGUUCUACUUCAUGUGCGGGUUUCGAUACGAGGCUGGUCCAUUCUUUGUUUUCUACCUGUUUGUCACCAUGGCUCUGCUUUGUAUGAGUCAAAUUUUUCGCUCCCUGGCAGCGGCCACCAAGGCGAUCCCUCAGGCACUCGCUGCUGCCGGAGUCAUCCUACUCGCCACUGUUAUCUAUACCGGCUAUUUGCUUCCCCUGCCGAGCAUGCAUCCUUGGUUCAAGUGGAUCUCGUACAUCAAUCCACUGAGAUAUGCAUUUGAAGCGCUGGCUGUGAACGAAUUCCAUGGACGUGACUUCCCCUGUUCGGACCUGGUACCACUCUACCCCGGGUUGACUAACGGAUCAGGUACCUACUUUAUAUGUGCUGCAAAGGGUGCGGUAGCUGGAGAGCUAUAUGUAAACGGAGACGACUUUCUCUCCGUGAGCUACGGGUACGAAUACAGCCACCUUUGGAGGAAUUUUGGUAUUCUAUGCGCUUUCAUCAUCGCUUUUCUCGCCUUGUAUCUGUUACUCACUGAGAUCAACUCACAAUCUUUAUCCACGGCGGAGAGUCUUGUCUUCCAACAUGGUCGCAUUCCCGUUGCCUUGGAGAAAUCUGCAAAAGACCCGAAGGCCGCCAAUAUCAGCGCAACCCAAGGACAGGAGACGGCAGACGACACGGUUAUGCCACCACACCAGGACACAUUUAUGUGGCGUGACGUCUGCUAUGAUAUCAAGAUCAAAAAGGAGGAGCGCCGCUUGUUGGAGAAAGUCAGUGGAUGGGUGGAGCCUGGCACCCUGACUGCGUUGAUGGGUGUCUCGGGAGCUGGAAAAACAACCCUACUGAACGUCCUCGCCCAACGUACUUCAACAGGAGUCAUCACAGGCGAUAUGCUAGUAAACGGCUCUCCUCUCUCUGCUAGCUUCCAGCGCAGCACAGGCUAUGUUCAGCAACAGGACUUGCAUCUUCAUACUGCGACCGUUCGUGAGUCUUUAAGGUUUUCGGCCCUGCUGCGUCAACCUAAAUCAGUCCCCGUCCAGGAAAAAUACGACUUUGUCGAAAAAGUCAUCACCAUGCUCGGAAUGGAAGAAUUCGCAGAAGCAGUGGUAGGCUUUCCGGGCGAAGGGUUGAAUGUCGAGCAACGGAAGCUUCUGACAAUUGGCGUUGAGCUUGCCGCAAAGCCCGCUUUACUUCUCUUCCUCGACGAGCCAACCUCCGGCUUGGAUAGCCAGUCUUCAUGGACUAUUGUUGCGCUUUUGCGUCGGCUCGCAUCUAGUGGACAGGCUAUUCUUUGUACGAUUCAUCAGCCAUCAGCCAUGCUGUUUCAGCAGUUUGAUCGGUUAUUGUUCCUGGCUAAGGGCGGUCGUACCGUUUACUUUGGCGAUAUCGGACCAAAUUCUCGUACAAUGCUGGAUUACUUCGAGACAAAAGGUGCGAGAAGAUGCGACGACUCAGAGAACCCAGCCGAGUACAUUCUCGAGAUUGCAGGUGCAGGGGUGAAUGGCAAAGCCGAACAGGAUUGGCCGACUGUGUGGAAGGAAAGUCCUGAAUAUACCCAAAUGAUGAGUGCUCUGGAGAAGAAGUGCUCAGCGGUGGGAUACACGAAUCAUACCGACAAACAAGCUGAAGCAGAAGGAACCGAAGACGCCUUUGCGAUGCCUUUCAAGCUGGCCUUGGGCAUCCUGUCAGCCCUCUUCGUAGGCUUCUCGUUUUACAUCCCCGGUACCUCUCAACAAGGCUUACAAUCGUCCAUUUUCUCCGUGUUUAUGAUCACAGCAAUCUUCACCGCUCUGGUCCAACAGAUCAUGCCGCAAUUUAUAUUCCAGCGAGACCUUUAUGAGGUCCGAGAACAACCGUCGAAGACCUACCACUGGGCAGCCUUCCUAGGCGCCAAUCUAAUAGCAGAGAUCCCUUACCAAAUGUUCGUCGCUAUCCUGGUCUAUGCAAGCUUUGUAUACCCCGUCUACGGCAUCGCAGACUCCCAGCGCCAGGGGAUCAUGCUCCUCUUGAUCAUCCAGUUCUUCAUCUACGGGUCGACCUUUGCGCACGCGGUGGUUGCCGUUCUGCCUAAUGCCGAGACAGCUGGUCUCAUUGCCACCAUGCUGUUUAACAUGACACUUGUCUUCAACGGAAUCCUUGUUCCUCGCGUCGCGCUUCCUGGAUUCUGGGAUUUCAUGUAUCGCAUCUCGCCAAUGACCUACCUCGUGAAUGCCAUCAUCGCCUCGGGUGUGAGCGGUCGUGCGGUUAACUGUUCCGAAAAGGAACUUAGCGUCUUCAGUGUUGCUCCUGGUUAUAAUACCUGCGGGCAAUACUUGGAAGCCUACCUCGAAGCGGCCGGUACUGCCGCAGGUAAGCUUCUCAACCCGGAGAGCACAGACCAAUGCAAGUAUUGUACGCUUCAAACCGCUGAUCAGUUCCUGGCGAGUCGGGAUAUAUACUAUGACCAGCGUUGGCGGAACUUUGGGCUCCUUUGGGUCUAUAUUGCAUUUAAUGCAGCCUUUGCUUUUGCUAUCUACUAUCUUUUUCGGGUGCGGUCGUGGAAGAGGAAGGCUUGA